AAAUCUUCUUCUCAUCCGCGCCUAAUGCUUCAAACUUCCAGUGAAAACGCCUAUGGUGUAAUCCAACACUUCUCCUCCGUCGUCGUUUCUUCUCCCCUUCCGAUUCCACUCUCUCCACGCCAAAAUGCCGCGACGCAAAACCACCAAAAAAACCGUCAAACCACUUCCCGAACCGAACGAUCCUCAAAUCCAGACGCAGCAGCAGAAUCACACUCACUUCAUCAACCACGAAAUCGAAGCGAUGGAGCGGCAAAUCGGUGCGAUUAGGGCAGUUCGCGAUGUGAAGAUCGAGAACUUGUUGACGGAGUUGCGGUUGCUGCGAUCGUGUUUCAGUGAAGAACAGCUGACGAAACCUGUUUUGGAGGUUUUUGAAGAAACGUUGCCGAAUCUGGAAAUCGUGAGUGAUGAAGGGAGCAAGAAAUUUGAGGUUGCGUGGAAGGAGAAGGAGUCGAUGAACAUGAGUUGUGCUGAUGGGAGGGAUUUGCAUGUUUCGUUGUUGCAGAGAUUGUCCAUGGCUUACCCUCAGUGUUCUGCUUCUGUUCCUCAUUUGGGUGGCUUUGAAUAUUCUUCCAAUGCAGGGGGAACAAGUUUUCUUGGUGCUGAUAAUGUGCAUUUGAAGGAUAUGGUCUUCGAAGCGCCAUCUGAAACUCAGACUCUAGCAAUGCAAGAAGGUCUUCAGACUCCUGGUGUGACUAGUCAGAGGCUGUCUGUUGGGAUGACACCCAAAACACUUAGGCUUCCCAAACCUGGCGAGAUGCUUCUCUCUGUCCAUGGAUCACCUCUAGGCGUUUUUAAGGAAAAUAACAUGGAAGCUAUAAAUGAGUCAGAGGAGGGUUGAAUUGAAUUCUGGCUAAAUCCGUUUCGACCAAGAACAACCUAUGCAAGUAUGUUGAGCUGACGGAUACCAUUUAUUUUCAUCAUCUCAUCACUCUAGAUGAGAAUUCUGUAAAGAUUAGUGGCCCCUGUGUUCAUAUUCAUUGUUUAGCUAACAUUCCAGAAUGUAUGCUGUCCAUGACGGCCAAUUAGAUCAAACUAAAUGCGAGUAUUGAUUUAGGCGUUACAGACUUGCAAAUUUUUUGGAAAGGGAUGCAGUUGGAAGAGUCUUAUAGAGUUGUCUGACCGCUGUGGUAUUUUAUUUAUGGUUUGUAAUUGUAUGGCUAGUUUGUGUUACCAGAGUACUGAUGCUGUAAAAAUUAUUUGCAUUCUUUGUUAUUAUUGAGACACCUACUUUAAUGGAAAAGAAAGUUCUUGAGAUU